AUAGUGUUCAAAUUUAUGUUUAGUUGUUAAAAUAGAGACACGUCAGAAUUUGAUUGAAAUAGCAGAUAGAUGCAGAGAGAGAGUAGCAAAAUGAAAAUGGCAGUUACCCUAUUUGAGGUACCUACAAUUAGUCCUUUACACGAAUCCAGCUCCGAUUGUAUUGUAUUGUAUUGUAUAGAUACAAAUAAUCUGCAUAUAUACAUACAUACGGUCCAUCUAAUCCAGCUGGUGCUCGUCUUUCUUCUUCGUAUUUAAAUCCUAAACUUAACCCCAUUCCUCUCUCUCUACAUCUCUCUCUUUCUCUCUCUAUGAUUUCUUCAUUCCUCCAUCACCGCAUCUAAUCCAAUCCACAAAUCCCCGCAGCGCAGAUACAAUGGGAAUGAGCCGCAAGCUGAAUCAGAUGAUGGUCGCCCCUCUCCCCCGCUGCUUCCACCGCAUCUCCUGCGCGCACCUCCCCCGCGACGACGACGAAGCCCCCCGCCGCCGCAGCAGGUCGGGCGCCCUGAUCCGGCUGGUGAAAUCGGACGGCGUGGUGGCGAUCUACGACCGCCCCGUGACGGCGUCGGAGCUGAUGGAGGAGUUCCCGAAGCACAUGGUGUGCCGGUCGGACUGCUUCUACAUCGGGCAGGUGACCCCGGCGCUGUCCCACCACGACCGCCUCCUCCCCGGCCACAACUACUUCCUCCUCCCGGCCAACUUCUUCCAGUCCGCCCUCUCCUUCGCCACCUUCCUCCGCUGCCGCACCUCCGCCGCCGGCCGCCCCCCCUUCGAGCUCGAGAAGACCCCCGCGGGCGCCCUGCGGGUCAAGGUCACCGAGGAGAUGAUCAUCCAGCGCCAGAAGGAGAUGGAGGCGGAGGCCGAGCUCGCAAGGCGGAUCGUCAGAGUUUGCACCACCCCGCAGCUGCGCAAGGACUACGACCUUCUCGUCGCCCGCCGCCUGCACUGGAAGCCCAAGCUCGACACCAUUUCCGAGCACAAGGCCCGCCGCCACAGGAAGAUUUUGAGGAAGACCAAAUCCAAUGUCGUCUAGAUUACAUUCACCAUAGUUUUUUUUUUCUUUUCUUGAUUGUAGUUUGUAGGUAUAUAUAUUUUGUUAAUGGUAGGGAUAGCAAUUUUUUAGCAGGGAUUAAUUCAAUCGAUCCACACCUUAUUAGCUAGCUCAUUACAUAUCAUAUAAUACAGUGGAAUUUUGCAUAA